UGCAAGCCCUUUACUCGCUAAACUCUCAUUCAACAUGGAACUGCAACUCCCAGCAUGCCCCGCGACCACCCUGUAAGGCGUAGAGCUCCCUUCGUCUUAGAGCGCGGCUGAACCUAGGGGCUUCCGGAAUUGCCGCCCGCUCCCCCAAGGCAGCGUCCCUUCAUGAUUUCUGGGUUUUGUAGUCCACAUCGGAGCCCUCCAUGUAGCGGGGCGCGGAGUCCGGCUCUCGCAACCCAAGAUGGCGGAUGAGAGUGAGACAGCAGUGAAGCUGCCGGCACCUUCGCUGCCACUGAUGAUGGAAGGGAAUGGAAACGGCCAUGAGCACUGUAGCGAUUGCGAGAACGAGGAGGACAACAGCCACAACAGGAGUGGCUUGAGUCCAGCCAAUGACACUGGAGCCAAAAAAAAGAAAAAGAAACAGAAGAAGAAGAAAGAGAAAGGCAACGACAUGGAUUCCACCCAGGACCAGCCUGUGAAGAUGAACUCUUUGCCAGCAGAGAGGAUCCAGGAAAUACAGAAGGCCAUUGAGCUGUUCUCAGUGGGUCAGGGACCCGCCAAAACCAUGGAGGAGGCCAGCAAACGAAGCUACCAGUUCUGGGAUACACAGCCAGUGCCCAAACUAGGUGAAGUGGUAAACACCCAUGGUCCAGUUGAACCUGACAAAGACAACAUUCGCCAGGAGCCCUACACCCUACCCCAGGGCUUCACUUGGGAUGCCUUGGAUCUGGGAGACCGUGGUGUGCUGAAAGAACUGUACACCCUCCUGAACGAGAACUACGUGGAAGACGAUGAUAACAUGUUCCGGUUCGACUAUUCCCCAGAGUUUCUCUUGUGGGCUCUCCGGCCACCAGGCUGGCUCCCACAGUGGCACUGCGGGGUCCGAGUGGUCUCGAGUCGGAAACUGGUUGGGUUUAUCAGUGCCAUCCCAGCAAACAUCCACAUCUACGACACAGAGAAGAAGAUGGUGGAGAUCAACUUCCUAUGUGUCCAUAAGAAGCUGCGCUCUAAGAGGGUGGCUCCAGUUUUGAUCCGAGAGAUAACCCGGAGGGUCCACCUGGAGGGCAUUUUCCAAGCUGUUUACACUGCCGGAGUGGUAUUGCCAAAGCCUGUUGGCACGUGCAGGUACUGGCAUCGAUCCCUAAACCCUCGGAAGCUGAUUGAAGUCAAGUUCUCCCACCUGAGCAGAAAUAUGACCAUGCAGCGCACCAUGAAGCUCUACCGACUGCCAGAGACUCCCAAGACAGCUGGGCUACGACCAAUGGAAAAGAAGGACAUUCCAGUAGUGCACCAGCUGCUCAGCAGGUACCUGAAGCAGUUCCACCUCACCCCCGUCAUGAACCAGGAGGAGGUGGAGCACUGGUUCUACCCCCAGGAGAACAUCAUUGAUACCUUUGUGGUAGAGAAUGCCAACGGUGAGGUGACUGAUUUCCUGAGCUUUUAUACUCUUCCCUCCACCAUCAUGAACCAUCCAACCCACAAGAGUCUGAAAGCUGCAUACUCCUUCUACAACGUCCACACCCAGACCCCUCUUCUAGACCUAAUGAGUGACGCCCUCGUUCUAGCCAAAAUGAAAGGGUUCGAUGUAUUCAAUGCACUGGAUCUCAUGGAGAACAAAACCUUCCUGGAGAAGCUCAAGUUCGGCAUAGGGGACGGCAACCUGCAGUAUUACCUGUACAAUUGGAAGUGCCCGAGCAUGGGCGCCGAGAAGGUACGUGGGUCCCAGCCAGAGGCUGAGCUACCCGGCAAGGGAAGUGCCCGAGCAUGGGCGCCGAGAAGGUUGGGUUGGUGUUACAGUAACCAGUUGCCAGUGAGAUUCUGGAUAAAGCCACUGAGAAUCCAAACCAGGAAACGGAACCCUUCCACUUAUUGGUCCAACUUUCACAGAUGUGAGAUCUCUGGCAAACAAAACAGAACUGAACCGGCUUUACCAAACCGCCAGCGAACUUGACAAUUACAUUGCGAUGGCGUAGGCUGCGUGGUAUCACCUUUAGCCAUGUUUCUGGUCUCCCUGUUUUCAAUGAAUUAACAUGCUCAUGCAGCCGUGAUCAAGGGAAUGUAACUGCUGAAACCUAGCUCGUGAUUGGCAUAUUAUGGAGUUAACGGGUGAAUAAUAAAAGUAUAUAUAUUAUAUAUAUAUAAAUAUUCUAAAUAUCUUUCAUGUUCCAAAUGUACAAGGCUGUUUGGUCUCUAAUGAGAAAGAAGCUGAAUCCAGUCAUUCUUCAAAAUGAGAGCCCAAGGACAGCGGCAGAAAGAUGUGCAUUGCACAGUUAUUGUUUCUUCAGAAUUGGUGGCUGUUGUCAAGGGGAGCAGGAGAGAGAGGAUUUGGGGAGCCUCACCUAGUUCCCCUUUGGAAUUGGCUGCCCAGCAGGCUUUGAGCAAAGAGGUAAGGUAGAGGGACUCCCAGCUCAGGAGAGGGCCUGAUCUCCAGGAGGGCAGGAUAAGCCCCUAGGGUGGAACUGGCCCUGGGCAGAGGCCAGACUGCUGCAUUCUGAGACCAGCAAGUGGCGACAGUCAUGGAAGUGGAUUCAUUGACCAAGUCCCUCUUCCAUCUCCCGGGCCUUGUCCUGGAGGACACUAUCUUACCAAGUUAUUUAAAAGGCUUUUGUGCUAGCUGUUGCCAACCUUACAGGUGUGUGUCCUCUGAGAGACUUUGUCCUUGCUGCCUAGGAUGGUCAGCAAUUUGAAAGGGACUUUGGACCUUUUGUAGUAUCUGGGACCUCAUGGAGACCACAUGAGCGCAGGCUCUGUUUAAGGCAUAUUAGAGCAAAGAGGCAGUAGGUCUCCCAGGGAGACUGAGCAGGCAUGGUGUGGCUAUGCCCAGGCCCGAGUCCCAGCCCCUGCCUGUGCCUUCCAACCCAUCAGCCAUCUCCUUUGCUCCUUUGUCUCCUUUCCAGUGCGUCCAGCCCUCAGUGGCCGCAAGAAGCAGUAACUAGAGACGAUCACGUGGCAUGUUGCCAGUGUCUGAGUCUGAUUAUCACCGCUGCUGUUGUGGGGUUUUGUGGUGGUAGUGAUGGUCAUUGAUGCUGUCAGUUUCUCCAGAAGUAGUCAAGCCCCGGCUCCCAUGGCUGCCCGUGUGGGCAUCCCUGAGCAGUGUUGAGCCGAGUGGCCCAGGAGGAUUGGGCUGAACUGUCAGCAAGCCAUGCCCAGCCUCCUUGUAGCUUGUGCUACAAGGGAGAAAGCUCCACGUGGCACGUAGUGGGGAAUUUCUUUGCUCUUUCACCUCUUGGCAUUUGGGGGAGGUGGGGGGGGAGCUUGUAGCAGAAGAAGCCUUAGCCACUAGCCAGGUUCAGCCUUGUCCCCUGGACUGAAUGAAGCUGUCCUCUAGGCGAGCAGGGGUUUGAGUCAUGCUGUGGCUUCAGGUGGUGGUCCGCAGAAGCUAAUGCUGCGCCCAUCGCCUUAGCUGAGGGAAGCUGUGCUAGGGAUGCGUCCUGCUUUGUUGACUCCUGCUGGAGAUGGAAGCUUUGCGUGGAGGAUUCUCAUUGAGGCUUCUAGGGACCUUCCUUCCCUUCACUGUCCUGUGCUGCAAACUACAAGUGCCAGGAAGGUGGCCGACUUGUGACUCCAAGAUACUCAGACCAAAGAAGCUGUUGUUCUUGGCAGAAUGUGCACUGAGCUCUCCUGGAGGGAGAGGUGAGAGGCGGGGCUCCCCUCAGCCUCAGUCAGCAGAUACUGCCCUAAGUGCCCAGGUGGGCUCACCCUGCCUACAUUUCAAAGAACAGAGUGCUCAAGUCUUUCCUUCUUGGAUGGGGCUGGAAUGUGGAAAGCCCUCCUGUCUUACUCUCGAUCAGCUGUGGGCGCGCUCUCAGCUCAGAUUGCUUCUGGGGUUUGGGGAACACAAAUCUCUGGAAUGAGCUUUGGUUUCAUUGACCCUGGUCAUGGAACAAAAACAGUGAACCCCAGGGGGAUGCUCUGGAAGAUCUGCUGGCAAGGAUUCUGUCCCUAAAACCAGGUGGCUUGCUCCGUUUCUGCCGCUGCCUCGAGAUGGGCGCCCUGACCAGGUCUGCAGGAGUUGGCUCAGGGGUUGUUUUUAAGUCUUGUUUUUCUCUAAAGUGUUCUGGUGUCUUCAUUUAACCCUCAUGGGACUAGGGGCUAAAGAGCACCAUUUGUGGAGUUCAAAGCUACUCCAGAGUCUUUGGAGUAUGACAGCCCCGUGACUGGCUUGGACCAAACGAGAAGGGCCUUGGGGCAUCCAAGCUGACCUGCCUCGUGCAGCCUGUUGGAAGGCUUCUGUGAGCCUGACCGGAGUCCUGAAGACCUCCUUUCCUUCCCUGCCUUUGGAUUGACUCUCCAUGCUACCAUGGACCCCAGUUUGUAGAAGUGAGCUGGGUAGAAAGGCCUUAACUCUGUAUUGAGGCCUGCGUGGGCUCACUGUCCCCACUCAGGCCUGUGUCUGAAGGUGUUGGUAUCGGAGGAUUGGCUCACACCAAGCUCUGCUAACACUCAUUUUUUAAUGGAAAAUGUCAGGCCUUGCCCCUUCUUUCUGCCACUUGUUGCCCUUACUUGCUAGUGCUCUGAAGCCCGGAGGCAGGUGUCUUUGUGGUUUUGAAUUCCAUCUCCAAAGAUGACCAGCAUUAAAGCAACUGGGGGCCUGAAGGCCCCGAAAUGUUUUCAAGGAGCUGUCUUCGUGUAAGAGAGAGACUCUCAGCAAAGGGAGCUAGAGUGCCUCUCUAGCCUUGUCCACCUGUCCUUGAACCAGAGGAGACCUGUUGUGUCUUGCUGCAGAGUGAAGGCAGGUCUCCCUACAGACACACCGCACCUGAGGAGAUUUAGCAUGGUUUCCAUUGAAUUAAACUAAAGUGUUAACUGUGGUCGUCGGGUGCUGCAUCUGGGGGCGGGAGAGCUUCACUUUUUUGUCUUGGCUUUUCUCUGGGCUGUGCUGGGGGCAUUCACUGCUGGGGUGGGGGCGGAGACACCAAAUGCACUGUUCCACUCCGGACAUCUCACUUGUUUCUAAUAAAGGAAGCCGUUCAACAGUC